CAUCUCUUUAGUUCCUUGCGCCUUCCUAUUUUUGUAAAGAUGCGGGCCCACGUCAAGUCUUCUUUCUAUUGCGCAUUGUUUUGUUUCGUUCAGCAUGUUACAUCGUCUCAGGUACUUCUCAGUCAGCAGUGCUGGCACGAGAGGAUUUUACAGAGUGUUAAUCUGUUCACAUUUGCCGAUGGAUAUACUCAGGUCGUCGAGAGGCUAGAUGGCCCUAUAACAAUACCCGAAUCCCCAAGUACUCAUCCAUCACUGUAUCAACCCGACACCAACGACGACUUUCCAUGGACGCAUCCCCCAAUCUGCACGCCUCGCCUCCCAUCCAUCAAUUCUAAACUCUGCAUCUACACAAAUACCUCCUUUAGCAACAACCGCGGCAUCUCAAUUUUUACCACACCAUCCCUAGCUCUCUCCUUCGCCAACCUCCCCGCCUUCAAAGACCCCACCGUCUUCACCUCAAACUCCAUAAACACACCUUCAAACACAUGGCAAACCUCUCACCUCCCCAAUCGCGGCAUAGGUAUGCUCGCAUCCCGCCCGCUUGUCUUCAAAGACCGCGUCACGGCUUACACGCCGGCGUUUUUGGCGUUCCUGGAGACGGAUCUGGGCACGGCGGAGCGCGAGAAGUACUGGAGGGCUGCUGUGCAGAGACUUCCGAAGAAGACGAGGGAGAUGUAUGAGGGGCUUGCCACGCUGUAUGGGGUUGAGAGUGUCAAGUAUCAGGAUGUGGUUAAGGCGAAUGCUUUUCAGGUUGAGGUUCGUGGGGGGAAUCAUCUCGCGCUUUUUCCUGAGACGUCGAGGUUCAAUCAUGACUGUGCGCCUAAUGCGCAAUACAUCAUCGAUCCGGACCUUCUCACACACUUUGUGCACGUCACGAGACCGAUCAAAGAAGGCGAGGAAAUCACAAUCGCAUAUACAUCACCUUUGGACACAACCUCUCAUCGCCAGUCCCAUCUGCAAAAUGCCUUCCACUUUAAAUGCUCCUGCGCCCGCUGCACUUCCUCCUCAACAGACACCACCCUCGCCACAGUCGCUUCCUACCAGACUUCUCUCAACGAUUGGUCGCCCACUUCCACUGCUUCCCCUGCCAUGGCUGAGCAUUUGCUGGAUCUGUACCGCCAGGAGGGACUUGAGGGAUUCAUGGAUGUCCCGUAUGGGUUUGCGGCAUUGGCGUAUAGUGGUGUUGGGGAUGAGGCGAUGGCGAGGAAGUUUGCGGAGAAGGCGAGGGAGGCGUGUUUGUUGAAGGAUGCGAGGGGGGUUAGUCAGGGAUUGGCAAUUUGGGAGGGGAUGUUAGAGGAGGGAGUUGAGAAGCAUUGGAGUUGGAGGAGGAGGGUUUGA